UAAGUUCUCACACUGAAGCAGAAGAUUUGGUGAAGAUGUCUGCGAAGUUCAUGUACACUGAAAACAAAGACUUACAGAAGCAGAUAGGAUGCAUGAAUGGAUUCCUUCAGCUAUUUGACCGCCACCAUUUUCUCAGUGGCCGACGAAUUGUCGGCCAAAACCACAAGAGGCUUCCACCAGGUGAAAAUGGCGACCAUUAUAAAGAGCCCGGCAAUGCAUCAGGAAAAGCUGCAGGAAGAAAUCAGAAGAAAGCCAUGAAUGCGAACCAAAGAAACUCUGCUGAGUCGCCAAGAACCUCCAUCUCUACAUCUUCCUGUUCAUCAAGUUAUUCAUCGCUAGACUACACCAAAACAUCUCACCCAGAACAAUCUUCUUUCAAAGAAACAAAUCCCCCUAAAACCCCCACUUGGGAUUCACCAAUGUACCAACAAAAUGCUUCUUCAAAGUUAAAGCCACAGUUGAUUGAUUUCCGAGAUGUUGUCAAGGACUCCAUUUAUAGAGACACCCAUGGAUUGUCAGUUAGAGCUUCAAACAAAAUGGAAAGUGGAGGCCAUACCUUGAAAUACAUAGAUUCCCCAAGACCUAUGCAGACACAGGGAUCUGUAACUCGUGCUUCUAGCCUCAACGAGUCAUUUCAAGUUCUAGCCAAGCUUCGACAAUCACCAUGGAAUUCCAAUGAAGGAAAGGAUGGCUCACUCAAUUUCGCUCCUCGAUUCUCUUACGAAGGAAGGGAAUCACACGAUACGUUUAAAUCAACCAUUAAGCUCAAAGAGCUUCCACGGCUAUCCCUGGAUAGUAGAGAAAGCUCCAUGAGGCGUUCCAGCAACACCACAAAGUCGACUCAUCUUCUGCAUGAUCUACAGAGGGUGAAUGAUUACUCUGCAGUCUUAAACCAGCAGCACGAGCCAGGAAGUUCCAAACGACCAUCUAGUGUUGUGGCCAAGCUAAUGGGAUUAGAAGCUUUACCAAAUUCCAUGGUGACCAAUGGGAAUCAGGAAGUAGGGACCAGGCGAAUAGAGGAUGAUCCCUUUUCAAGAUCAUCAAGAAGAAUUGAUGAGACCAACAAACAAAGAAUAUCUGGAUCCCCCAGAAAUUCUCACAGGGAAGCUGUCUCCCCCAGCUUUAGAAAUGCUGAAUCAAGCAAGAAACACCCUGCAAGCUCAAAGUUUCCAAUUGAACCAGCACCAUGGAGGCAGCCAGAUGGAAGCAGAGAUUAUCAGACAUCAGCUUUGAAGAGUCGUGACUCGCCAAGUAAAUCCCCAAGCUCGCCUUCUGUAUAUGGUGAAAUGGAGAAAAGGUUGGCAGACCUUGAGUUCAAGAAGUCUGGAAAGGAUCUUAGAGCUCUUAAACAAAUACUUGAAGCAAUGCAGAAGAGUAAAGAAAUGCUAGAAUCCAGGAAAGAAGCUCAGGCUCCAAACUUUGAAUCUCAAACUAGUAAUAACAACAGUCCUGAUGAGAGCUCAACAGGAAAUCCAAGAGACCAGAGGAGCAGCAGCCUGAAUUACACCACAAUCAGAGGGACAAGUCCACCAAAGAGCUUCAAAUCCUCAAUUGUUAUUAUGCAACCGGCAAAACAAGUUGAGAAAGCCAGUAAUCCCGCUACUCCAGUAACUCCCAAAAAUAGUUCAGCAAAUCUUUGCAAGCUCCGGACAGGAGACUCUGGGGAUAGCAGAAAGGAAUCAGCUGAGAUGCGAGCAGCUGGCGACCGAACUCCAAGAACCAAUCUCAAGGACCCUUCCAUUCGAUCCCUAUGUCCCAUGGACAAGAACAGUGGUGCCAAAACGAUAAGAAAGGAGGUCCAUCCCGUAACUAGCGUACACACAGUUUCAAGCAAGAUGACAAGAACCGCAAGCCUGAGAAUGCAACAGAAGAAGCUUGAGUGGGAAAAGCAAUCUCAUGCCAUCACUCCAUUAUCAGACUUGAACAAGAGCAGAAGGCAGCCCAAUAGACAACUGCUAGAAUCAGGCUCCCAGAACAGGAAACGCAGACCAAGAUCCCCAAAUUUGCAGCAAAGCGAGAGUGAAAUGAGGGAGACCAGUAGCUGUGCUAGAGACCUGAGGCAGCAAAGUGACCCAAAUUCAUUUCAAUCUGAGAGCAACAAUAGCUUUGCCUCGCAAGCUGAAACAGAAGUCUCAAGUACUGAUGUAUCUGACAAGAUAAAUAGUCCCAUGCUUCAGAAGAUCAGCCAGAGAGAAGAGGUAUGUGUUUUGCAAAUUAUCCAUCCCUGUGAAGGUAACUUCCUUCAAUUGAAACAAGUAGUUACUUUGAUUAUUUUCUUAACAUUUUUCAAGUAUAUCAUUCAGGGUCCAGGAACAAAAUCAGUAGAACACAGUUUAAUAGUUGAACGCGUGGCUGCUUCCUCAGAACAACCAAGUCCCGUCUCCGUUCUAGACGCAACAUUCUAUGAUGAUAUGCCAUCUCCAAUUAAGAAGAUAUCAAAUGCUUUUAAAGAUGAUGAGGCUCUAAAUUCUGAGGAAGUAGAGUGGAGUCCAAUACAUGUAGGUCACUCAUCCAGCAGCAGAAUAUCCAGUCUCAACAAUGAGUUCGAUCAUCAAAAGGCAGAAAACUUGAAGCACUUGAUUCAAAACUUCAAACUGACAUCAAGUGAUGAGGAACCCAGCAUUGAUGAAACAGCAUCCCUCUACAACAUCACGCAUCCAGACCACAUGUACAUUUUGGAAAUAUUGUCAGCAUCACGUCUCCUUGACCAUCCUGGAUCUGCCCUUACAACUAUGCAGCUCCACCAAUCAGGCCAUCUAAUUAAUCCCAACUUGUUCCGUGCCUUGGAACGCAGAAUAACAAGAAUUUUCCAUUCACCUCCUAAUGCCAAAGUACAAAGAAAACUUGUAUUUGAUGUUGUCAAUGAAACACUAGUGAACAAGUUGAUACUGGAAAAUUCGUCAAAGCAGUGGCUUUCACCUUAUAAGCUGGGAAACAAAAGACAUCAAGGCCAGCAGCUUCUGGUAGAGUUGUGUUUAGAGGUAGAUAGGCAGAAUGCUAACUCAUCGAGCUGCUACUUAGAUGAUGAGGACGACAGCUUGAGAAACAUCUUAUGGGCAGAUUUGAUGCAUCAAUCAGAAAAUUGGAUAGCCUGCCAUGGUGAACUUUCAGAGCUAGUGCUGGAUGUUGAGCGGUUAAUCUUCAAGGAUUUAAUAAGUGAGGUUGUCAAUGGCGAAGUACUAAGUCGACAAGGGCGGCCAGCUGGGCGUUGCAUUCUGGGCGGCCAGCUGGGCAGCUCUUUUAGUGCUCUUUGAUGGUAUAAUUUUUAUGUGUGUUUUACUUUAGGGAAAUAACUUAUGAUCGAAAGUUAAACUCUAUCCCCUCAUAUGUAGCUCUCUACUAGACGCUAUGCUUAUACUAACACUACAAUCAAUGUACAUAGAAAUAAAUAGAAUGAUGUAUCAUUCCAUGUACUUUAUAUUAGUUAAGCAUCCAAGCAA